AUGGCUAACACUAAAGACAGACUUGACGAAUUGGAGAGAGGGAUGGGCUUGGUCACGGACGACUUGCACAAGCUACGUGCAGAGCUGACUGACAAGCUCCGUCUCAUGGAGGAGGCGAAUACGGAGAAGUAUCAACGUAUUGAAGACUCUAACAGAACCACGGAGGGGACGUUGAGAAGGUUGAUUGAAACUGUGGAGAAUCUUCACCGCGGACCACCACCGGUUCUUCAAGGACACCAACCAGCAGCUCCACAACUACCGGGGGGGGGCGACGAGAAGAAGCAGCAGGCCAGAUCGCGGCACCAUUGGCUAGACUCCGGGAUGAACAACUGCAAAAACAACGGAGACCGUUCACUCCACGCGCAUCAUCACCGGGAAGCACAGCCCAACAACCAUCGGUGA